AUGGCCAGGCAAAAGUCGCCGCUGCUAAGCGAAGAACUCGGAUUCAUCAUUCCGCCACUCGACCAGCAAACGAAACAAACACCUCCUCCUGUCGACGAGUCAGGCGAACACUGCACGACAUCGCCAUGUGAACGGCCAGAGACCACCAUGCAGACCGACUUGAGCAGGCGUUCAAGUCGCCAACCGCUCGUUCCUGCAGAUGAUACUACGUCGCUCACAUCCUUCCCUGACCCUGCGCAGAGUACCUGUACCUCUCCAAGCCUACAGGGAAUAAACGAGCCAGUCGUGGAUGCCGAUGUCCUGGUCUCUCCCCAGCUCGCGCCGGUCAGCGAGCCGCUCAAUGGCCUCCUGGAUACGGGCCCUUCUAUGUUUGAUCGCGACGAGCCCGAAUGGAGUGAAGCGCAGAGUCUCGCGGCCGGGCCUACAGAUGUCCUGCAGAGAAUCAUAGACCAUCGCGGUGCUGUGGAACUAGUACGACAUCUGUCAACAUUGCUCGCGGCAAGAGACGCUCACGUCACAGCUCUCACAGGGCUAGCCCAAGAAUACAAGAUCCCGCAGGAGAAAAUCGCUGAAACUGCAAGUCGUGCUAGACAGGCCGAGCGAAGGCGUUUGUCCCUGGCUACAGCCGCUUCUGAGGAUCUUGCACCGACCAAUACUUCGGAAAGCAGUGAGUCCGCGGGAGCAUCAGAUCCCAUUGUCGACAAUUUCGGCACCAUUCGUGGACUGGCCAAACUGUUCGGAGGAGCUGGCAAGAGGAAAGACAGCGGUAGGCCUGGUGCUUCAAUCCGAACAGCAUCGUCGUCCAGAUCAGGAUCGCGGCAACCUCCGCCAGUCAAGGUUCGCAAUGAAAGGCCAAAGUCUAUCGAUGUGCUGAGCAUCAACAGCGUGAAUAGUGGCGACAGCAUGAAUUGGCUCGCUUCGACAUUCGGUGGCGCUGCCGGCACUAUCAAAGGACUUUCGGGCAAUGCUCGACGUGACUCUCGCGCAACUCGUGAGCCAAGAGCGCCGGUGGAGAUGAGCACUCGGCAUGAUGAAGCACAGCUGCCGCCGACCUUGUCGAAGCAGUCCCUUUCUCAACCUGCGAAGACCCAGCACGAGGCAGCGUGGAACAAAUUCUUGCUGAAACUGAAGGAAGUGCGUGAGCAAGCAGGAGAAGAAGCGCAAGAAGGCGAGCUUCUCGGAUCCUCGAGAUGGGGCACUGAAGGCAGCAGUGGGAGAGAGAAACUUGCCCAGUUGAGCCGUCUCGUUACGGGCGGAAUCCCGAUGCGCUUUCGGAAGGAGCUGUGGAAGGAGCUGUCUAACACGCAGGCCAUCAUAGAGCCAGAUGCCUACGAGCGCUACCUCAACAUGCACGAGAAUCCAGAUCCGCAGGAAAUCGAUGCCAUUCUCAAGGACGUACCACGGACACUUACGAGCAAGUACGACUACUACGCUGAAAAUGGCUACGACAGAUUGAAGAAAGUCCUCAUUGCCUUUGUCAACAAAUAUCCCGGACUUGGGUAUACACAAGGCCUAAAUCUCAUCGCAGGAUACCUGUUGCUAGCCAUUCCCGAUGAGAGCGAUGCCUUCUGGUUGCUCUGCAACAUGGUCGACAACUACUUUCCAAAAGACUACUUCUCCAAAGAGGGCGACCUGAAUGCGCCAAUUUCUGACAAUAACGUUCUACGCCAGUACAUCAAGGAAUUGCUGCCCAAGCUUUCCGAAAAGCUCAAAGCGCUCGAUAUCCCACCCGAUCACACGGUGCCGCUAAAUUGGUUCCUCACAGCAUUUGCCGCCGUCCUGCCAGAAUCUGUCCUUCUCCGCGUAUGGGAUGUAUGGCUAUGCAUCCCCGACCAAAAAACUUUUCUAUUCAAUAUCGCACUGGCACUACUCGCUCAACAUCACAAGCAAUUACUGGCAUGCGAACAGGACAGCGACUACUGGGCAUACACCACCAGUCAGAUGAAAGUCUCAGAAGAGCCCGAAAAAGUAAAUGAGUUGAUCCGACAAGCUCGAUUGAUGAGCAGGAGACUUGAAGGCGUUUCUUUGCGGAGGUCGCUUGAGAUCAGUAAGAGGGUCAAGAAGCAUGCUAGUACGGAGGCGUUGUAUUCGCCGGAUCCGGAGCCGGCGCAUGCUGGAGCGGAUAUUUGAUUGAUGCAUGGAUGGUGAGCUUUUGCAGUGAUGGCAUGGUGGUAUGGCAAUUUCUUCGCAUUCAUUGAAGAUACCCACAUAGCGUUAGCGUUUUGAGGAGUUUUUCUGUUAUUUUGUGCUGAGCAUUUUCAUAGGUAUCUUGUCUAAAGCGAGCUCUCUCACGCUGAUAUCCUC